AUGAAGCUGGAGGCACUCUUGCAUUCUCUGCAGUCCGACCUUCAGAGCUUGCGCCAAGAGAUGAGCCACUCAAACAAAUGCCUGGGCGAGACUCGGGAGCUGGUUGAGUUCGCGGCUGCUGACCAAGGUCCAAAGGUGGAUUUGGUGAAGGCCAACGUGGAGUCCGGUUUCCAGAGCCUCCGUGUGGACGUGGCAAGCUCGAAGAAGCAAUCCUCUCAAGAAGUUCGACUUGUGCUCGGUGAGAUGGCACGUAUACAGAAGUUCAUGGGCGUUGACUACCUGUCGGUGAAGUCGCUCCUAGAUGUUGGCCCGGAGAGUCCCUCUUCUGCGACGAGGACCUCCCUCCGAAGCGCGCGCACAAUCUCGCUCAACGAGGAUAAGCUCGUGUCGACAACGGGCAGUGAUGCGCUUUCUGAUCUGGAAAAGCCGCCGAAGGAGUCUUCCCCAAGCCGGCGCCGAUCCUCUCGGGGUGCUACUCGGAGAUUGCAGAGCAACGAUUGUUUGGAGGAACAUGCUGGCACAGGCGAGGCCGUCAUCGCCGCGAUGCAUCCCAUUCGGCUGCGAGAUCUUGGCUUGCAGACGGAGAAUGAUACUCACGACCGGGCUGCACAAACAGACUCCAGUAACGUGGAAUUUGCGACGAAGAAGAAGGAGAAGAAGCGGCCAACCGCCGCGCAACUGGAUCCGAAGAAGAAGCUGCGGGUGGAAACUCAAAGAGCCUCCGUGUUUGCCGGUGCAGAUCAGCUCAAGAGAGACGCGCAGCUCGCUUCCAUGAAGCCACCUUACAAUGUGUUUGAGUACUACCACGAGACUGGCCUGGCACAAAGGAUUGCCAAGAGCCCGAUGUUCGAGAAUGUUACUCUGUCAAUUGUGUGCCUCAGCGCACUUUGGAUUGCAGUGGACGCUGAUCUGAAUACUGCUGCGGCCCUCAUCGAUGCGGACCCUGUCUUCCAGAUUAUGGAGAAUGUAUUCUGCACAUACUUCAUCGUGGAGAUCAUGGUACGGUUCUGCGCCUUUCAAAGGAAAUGCAACUCUUUAAAGGAUCCUUGGUUCGUCUUCGACAUGAUUUUGGUGCUGCUCACUGUUGGAGAGGUCUGGAUUUUGACCCUUGUGCUGGCUGUUACCGGGCAGCAAGCGUCGAUGAUACAGGGCACCGGCCUUCUGCGGAUGCUACGCUUGGUGAGGGUCUUUCGCCUGACGAGGAUGACGAAAAUUCUGCGGGCGUGCCCCGAGCUCAUGAUCGUCCUGAAGGGUCUCGCCUAUGCCAUGCGAUCCGUGAGUGUCUUCUUCGGAGUUUGGAUCAUCCUCAUCUACUUCUGCAGUGUGAUGUUCAGGUUGUUCGCUGAUGGAAGUGCGAUCGGCACUGCGGCUUACUUCGAUUCCGUCCUGUCAGUCAUGAACACCUUGUUUUUGCGAGGCAUCUUUGGCGACAACGCAGACUUCAUCGUCAGCAUUACAUCUGUGGACCCCUGGAUGUGGGCCUUCUUGAUACCGUUUUUGGCGGUUGCAUCUCUCACGAUCAUGUACAUGCUGUUGGGAGUUUUGGUUGAUGUGAUGAGCGCUGUGUCUGCAUCAGAGAAGGAGAGGCUUGCCACAGCUUUCAUUGCAGGAGAGCUUAGGGAAGAGCUGGCCAAAUCCAACCGCCACCAGGACGUUUGCCUCACACGGGAGGAGUUCGCGCAAUUCAUGAUGGAACCAGGUGUGCGACGAGUUGCCGAAGACUCCGGCGUUGACGUCGUGACCAUGGCGGACAUGUUGGAUGUGGUUUACGAGGAUUUCUCGAAAGGUGAUAAUGGCAUCACGUUUCCAGAAAUCGUCGAGCUCAUGCUCAGCAUGCGUGGGACAAACCCAGCCACCGUCAAAGACUGCAAGGAGCAGAUUCGCGCGACGAAGAAGAUGCUGAAACAGUAUGCAGAGGACUCAAGCCUCACCAUGCUCAAAGAACUUGCCAGUCUUCGCGGCGACAUUCAAAUGUUCUUGCAUAACGACAAGGCCGGCAGCUUCAUGGGUCGCUCGGGUGGAUCCGAAUCUGACAGCCUUUCGCCUGCUGCCGAAGGUGACGACAGCGACGGUUGA